CACAUAUUACAGAUUUCUCUUCCAGUUUGAUUGAAGUAGUGCUCGUCAAGCUUUAGUGGAAAUGGCAAUAUCAGCAGAGAAUGAACACCCAGUGAAGGCUUUUGGAUGGGCAGCCAGAGAUUCUUCAGGACAUCUCUCUCCCUUUAAGUUCUCAAGAAGGGCCACCGGAGAAAAAGACGUCACUUUUAAGGUAUUGUACUGUGGUGUAUGCCAUACUGAUCUGCACACGAUCAAAAACGAAUGGGGACUAACUUCUUAUCCUGCGGUGCCUGGUUAUGAGAUUGUUGGUGUGAUCAUUGAAGUAGGCACCAAAGUGACAAAAUUCAAAAUUGGGGACAAAGUGGGUGUUGCUGGUAUGGCCGGAUCAUGUUGCUCUUGUGCAAAUUGCAAAAACGAUCUUGAGAAUUACUGCCCCAAAUUGGUCUCGACCUAUGGUGCAAAGUACCACGAUGGAACCACCACCUAUGGUGGUUAUUCGGACAUCAUGGUAUCAAACGAGCACUUUGUAGUUAAAAUCCCUGAUAACUUUCCUCUAGAUGGUGUUGCUCCUCUCCUUUGUGCCGGGAUCACUGUCUAUAGCCCAUUGAAGUACUAUGGGCUUGAUAAAGCCGGAAUGCACUUAGGGGUGGUUGGGCUUGGUGGGCUCGGGCACAUGGCUGUAAAUUUUGCUAAGGCCAUGGGCCUCAAGGUGACCAUCAUUAGCUCCUCACCAAAUAAGAAGAAGGAAGCUAUGAACCAUUUGGGAGCCGAUGGAUUCUUGGUUAGUCAUAAUACAGAAGAAAUGCAAUCUGCGAUAGGUAUAAUGGAUGGCAUCAUCGAUACUGUCUCAGCUGUACAUGCUAUUUUGCCUUUGAUCGAUCUCUUGAAAACUCAUGGAAAGCUUGUCAUGGUUGGUGCACCAGAGAAGCCACUUGAGCUGCUUGCUAUGCCACUCCUCAUGGGUAGAAAGAUUGUGGGAGGAAGUUUGGUUGGAGGGGUUAAGGAGACGCAAGAGAUGAUUAAUUUCGCAACGAAGCACAACAUAAUUGCGGAUAUUGAGCUUAUUCCUAUGGAUUAUGUGAACACUGCCAUAGAGCGUUUGUUAAAAGGAGAUGUUAAGUAUAGAUUUGUGAUCGACAUUGCCAAUUCAUUGAAGUCCUUUUGAUGAUCAUUACAAUGGAUUACUACUUGGCUGAGCGUGGAGGAGGAUCGACUUUCUUAACAUGUUUUUCAGAGUCAUGUUUGACAACUUAGAUGAUUUUUCAAUUUGAUAAUUUGCUUUUACUUAGUAUGGUGAUAUCACUUCAUUGUCUCCUUUGGAAUAACGAUGAGUACUUUGUGUAGAUA